AUGGAACCAGAAUCCACUAAAUGCUUUGGGGCAAAUGCAGAAAAGUACUGGGGAGCAUGGGAACCAAAAGCAGUGGAAGAGCUGAAUCAGACAUUUGUCACAGAGUUUAUACUUCUAGGAAUCACCAGCUUGCCUCAACUGAAGAUAUUGUUUUUUAUUACGUUUCUUAUGUUCUAUCUCUUAUGUUUUCUUGGGAACUUAAGUAUUGUAGCAGUAGUGCUUAUUGAUCAUGGCCUUCACACCCCCAUGUACUUCCUCCUGGGCAAUCUUUCCUUCUUGGACUUCUUUUACUCCACAACAACUGUCCCAAAGUUGUUGUCAGGCUUACUUAUAGAAGAUAAAAGGAUAUCUUUUCAUAGCUGCAUGGCCCAACUUCAUGUAUUCCAUUUCUUAGGCAGCACCGAGGCCAUGCUUCUUACGUCAAUGUCUUAUGACAGAUACAUUGCCAUUUGUAACCCAUUACGGUACCAUGUUCUUAUGUCAAAGGAAGCAUGUAUUCAGUUAUCUUUCACUUCCUGGCUCAUUGGUUUCUUGUACUCAUUAACACAGACAAUACUGACUUUUAGAUUGCCAUUUUGCAGUGCCAACAAGGUCACUGCCUUUUACUGUGAUAUCAAGCCUCUAUUGAAGUUGGCCUGCACAGACACUCAUAUCAAUGAAAGUCUGGUAUCUAUAGUCACUGGAACUGUGGCACUUGGUACUUUUAUUUUAAUUGUUAUAUCAUAUAUCUUUAUUGCAACCCAUCUUCAGAAUAUCCAGUCUAGUCAAGGCAGACAUAAAGCCUUAUCUACCUGCACUUCUCACCUCACUGUUGUCCUUUUAUACUAUGGAACAGCAUUCUGCACCUACUUGAGACCAGCUACUAAAGAUUCGCUUGAACAGGACAGAAUGAGUGCAAUUCUCUUUACAGUUAUCACUCCUGCAUUAAAUCCUCUGAUCUAUGCUCUACGAAAUAAAGAGGUAAAAAGGGCAUUCAGGAAGUUGUUUUAUGAUGGUUACACUUUUAAACAUAUAAAAAUAAAAAUGGGAGGAGCCGGCUGCCGUCCUGGACAGCGCGUUAGGGGACGGCCGAGUGCCGUCCAUGACGGCCCUGAAGGGGAGGAGCCGAGUGCCGUCCAUGACGGCCCUGAAGGGGAGGAGCCGGCUGCCGAGCUGGCCGUGCACGGCCCCGCCAUGCAUCGCUGGACCUUGGAUGGGUAA